CUUGAAUUAUCAACAAAUGUUAUCAGCGGCUUAAAUGUGGCAAAAAUUAGAAAUUUUGAAUCUUUGCAGAAAUAAACUAAGUGCCUUACCUGCUUCUAUCUGUCGAAUUUCUACACUGAGAUGCCUCUAUUUAAAUGAUAAUCAUUUAGAAUUUGAAGGAAUCCCUCCAGGUAUUGGUAAACUGUCGUCGCUACAAAUAUUUUCUGCAGCAAAAAAUCAUUUAAAGAUGAUACCUGAAGGAUUAUGCAGAUGCAGAUCGCUUAAAAAAUUAAUUUUAUCUUCCAAUCGUCUAAUUACCGUACCAGAUGCAAUUCAUCUAUUAAAUGAUUUAGAUCAACUAGACUUGCGUGAUAAUCCAAAUCUCAUUAUGCCUCCAAAACCUACGGAAGUUAAAAAAGGUUCUGGUAUUGAGUUUUACAAUAUUGAUUUCUCGUUGCAACACCAGCUACGACUUGCGGGAGCAAAUGUUCCACCACCUAUACAAACUUCAGGUAUGUUUUCUAUGUAUGAAAAAUUAGUAUGUUAGAGAAAUUAAGUAUAA